AUGAGGAAGAUAAUGGAUUUCACGGGUGAUAUCUUGACGAUCAUACUUACGAGGUUACCUCUCAAGAGCAUCGCCACUUCCAAAUUGGUCUGCAAGCAAUGGAAAACAAUCAUGGAAUCUCCGUUUUUCCGCGAGCUUUUUCUGUCUCAUCAUCAAAACUCGCAUCCUUCAUGGUCUCUCAUGCAGUCCAAAUCUUCACCACCUAAAGAAGUCGUUGCUCAUUACGGAUGCAAAAUAUGGGGACUUCCACGAUCGCUUGGCUCUUACGUCUCCUCUUUCAUAGCCGCGAGAUUCAACACAGAUAAACCUAGACAUGACAAAGUUAAAGUAUUGGCUUACACCGAAGUCGGAUUGAUUUUGAUCUUUGUGAAAUCGAACCCUAAGAAACGAACCUAUUACGUAGCUAAUCCGGUUUCACGACAAUGCAUCAAACUCCCUCCUCUCCCUGAAUCUCUUCUAUCGCUUACAAAAGAAGGGUCUUUCGAGAAAGCAGCGCUCGUCACGCGGAUGGAAAACGCCGUCGUUUCUGGUUACAAAGUUGUUCUUGUUCAGAGAACCUACUACAGCAACAACGAAUGUAUCCUUACUUUCAUCAUUUAUUCAUCAGAGACAGGCUUGUGGAGUACCAACAUUGUCCAAUAUCAUCUACCUUUAGUCUCACUGAGCUUUUUAGAUCCAGUUUGCUUGAACAGAAAUCUUCAUUGGCAUGGUCACAAUCUUGAGGAGCAAGAAGUUGUUGUGUCUAUCGAUUUCUACGAUUCUGAUCUUCAACACCAGGUUAUACCUUUCCCUGACUCAGAUAAAAAACCACAUUUCGGAAGAUCUUGCACAACUUCUCAAGGAGAUCUCAUGUAUAUGAACAUAAUCUCUCGAAAAAAAGAUGAAGGUGGCGUGGAGCAUAAGUUAUGUGUAUGGAAGCUAAAGACCCUUGGAUGGCAACUAGUAUCUGAAUCUUCUCGAGGUUUUCUGGAUUUUCCGGUGAUGAUGAACCCUUUUGAUGGUAAUACAGUGUAUCUGUGGAGCCCAAUGUGUGAAUCUUUGGCAUCUUUUAACUUACGCAAUAGGAAAACUAGGAUUCAUAAUGAGCCGGAGGAACGUAGCAGAGACGGUGAGACUAUGAGUUUUGUUGGAUGCGAUGGAGGAGAGAUGGACACAAUCGGAUUCCUCUCGGAAUCAUUUUUUUCAACGUUUGCUCUUCCGCGGUGGCUGUAUCGAAUCCCUCUCCCGCCACCUUCUUCCGCGGUGGCUGUUUCUGAUCCUUCGCCCCUCAAGCCGACAACAGUUGAUAGACUUUCCUAG